AUGAGUUUAAAGCCCCUUAAUAAUCCUGUGGGACACUACAAUGAUUUGCUAAAGAAAUAUCCAUUAUUGACCAAAUCGGUCACUGGAGCGUUGCUAGCAGCGCUAGGUGAAUUGAUCAGUCAGGUAAUCACGUCUAGGGAUGGUGAUCCUGUAUCUGCAAAACGCAGUCUUGGUCAACGGCUCAAAGAAUUGGUUCUUAAGCCACAGUACCGAAAGAUUCUGUUGAUGUUCCUGUAUGGAGGACUUGUAAACGCUCCUAUAAACCAUUUCUGUUAUCAAUGGAUAACCAAGGUAACGACGAAACACGUGACCACGGUUAGAUGGAGGCGUCUUUCACAGUUGUGUGGAUCCUGGUUUAUUGUAAGUCCAAUUCAAGUUUUAUUUCUGAUCACUGCGCUCACGGUAUCGAACCUACAAAAUUCGGCGGCCGAUUUCAAAGAAUUGCGUGCUAAAAUCCUUCAAAAUAUUAAGCACCGGUACCUGCCUAUGCUUUCUAGUGGGAUAAUCAGUUCAUCUGUCUUCGUUUCGAUCGCACAGCAGUGCAUUUCGCCUGAAAAAUGGUCUUUGUUCUUGAGUUUUGCUUACGCGUUUCUCAAUACUGGUCAGAACGUUUACAUGAAGAUGAAAUCAUCGAAAGGCAAGACAUAG